AUGGAUGACGAUGCCGAUAACGACGACAGUGAUGCGAAGUCAGAAUCAGAUUCUGAAAAAGUCGAAGAGGUAGUAGAAAAGAAGCCUCCGGCGCAGGAGAAGAAGCAGGAAAAGAAACCUGAAACAACAGCACAAACAAAGCAAGACAAGAAGAAGGCAAAGAAGGGCAAGAAGGGAAAGCAAGAGGAGGAUGACGAUCUCGAUGCUAUAUUGGCAGAUUUGGAGUUAAAUGAAAAAGCGGCUCCUGCUAAAGGUAAAAAGAAAGGUGGCAAGAAGGACGAGAGGUGGACUCUGCUCCACUUACUGAAGAAAGCAAAGAAGCAACGCCUGCACCAGUGGGAAGCUGUGCAAAUUCCUGCUGCG